AUGACGUCCGCCAUCACCCCUUCCAAACCACAGCAGCAAACUCAACAAAUGAGUCCACCCCAUCAUUCUCAUCAUCAUAGUCAUAAUAAUCCCGCCUCACCCCCUAGCAAGCGAGACUUGAAGUCGUGGUGGAAGAGCUUCCAAACUCGAGCAAAGCAUCAGGACUCUCAAGAACCACAGCACAAGGGUAUCUUCGGUGUCCCGCUACGACAGAGCAUUACCUACGCGAAUGUCGCCAUUUCCCUGAUUGACGAGAAGGGCGAAAGCUACAUAUACGGAUACGUGCCAAUUGUAGUAGCCAAAUGUGGUGUGUUUCUGAAAGAGAAAGCCACCAAUAUAGAGGGAAUCUUCCGUCUUAGCGGCUCCGAGAAGCGCAUCAAAGAGCUCAAGAUACAAUUCGACUCACCCGAUCGAUAUGGCAAGGGGCUUGUGUGGGAUGGAUACACGGUUCAUGAUGCUGCUAAUGUUCUUCGCCGGUACCUAAAUGACCUACCCGAACCCGUCGUGCCGCUAGACCUUUACGAGCGCUUCCGAGACCCCUUGCGCGGGCAUACGAAACAAGCUGUGGGCGAUACCGAGGGCACACAGCUCGUCGAUAAUUUUAACGAAGUUGAAGCUAUAGCAAAGUAUCAACAACUUAUUAAAGAGCUGCCUCCCCUCAAUCGACAACUGCUUUUGUAUAUCCUAGACUUGCUCGCAGUCUUCGCUGCCAAGGCCGACGAGAAUCGAAUGACGGCUCAGAACCUGGCUGCCAUUUUUCAGCCCGGAAUGCUCUCGCACCCACAGCAUGCCAUGGCACCGGAGGAGUACAGAUUGAAUCAGUGUGUGAUCAUUUUCCUGAUUGAGAAUCAGGACCAUUUCUUGAUUGGUAUGCAAGGCACCGGGACAGAUGAGAAAACUAAGCAAGAGAUCGAAAAAGGUCCGCCGACCUUGGUGACGCCUGCGACGCCAAGUCGUAGCACUGGCGUUGUCCGAUCUGCGUCAAAUGCAAGCGCCGGCGCCGAGAGCGUCAGCAGAGACGGCAAAAUUAGGAGGAAUCGUUCAACUUCCUCACGUCAUUCGCUCCAGUCUAAUGGCGCAUCUACACCUGGUAGCCCUGCACUGACGCCUAACAGUGGCCUUGCUAGAAGCAACACCGUUCCGUCCAAGAAAUCCCCUCAUCUUCCCUCGGGAAGAUUCCCCACCCGACAAAGCUCGCCAACCGUCGCGGUGGCUCCCGCUUCGCCCUCGCCUGCUGGAUCUGCCUUAAUUGCUCCGCCAACCGUGGCUGAAGAAGUACCAUCAGCUACCACACCGUCCCCAGCAGCAUCGCAACAUCUCACCCCGAUGGCAGCGGGGUCGCCACCGGGCGUUAGAAGCCAGGAAAGAUUAUUAAGUCCUGCUGCAGAUGUAAUCACUCCCCUCAAGGAGAGAAACCUCCAGAGCCUUUUUCUCCGAUCGCCGGAAGGCGAAAAACGACAGCCCAAUAAGUUACGCAAGAAGCGGCUGCCGAGUAGUACUAACCCGAGUGCCCAAAGCUCGACGGCCUCGUUACCUCAUUCAGAGACGAUGUCCCCGGUACAUGAGCCUACGACGAACAACCUACUAGAACACAAAAUACCUCACUUGGAACCCUCCAUUUCGGAGAAUGGCGCGUCUGUCGCAACUUCAACUCCAUCAGAACCAACUCCUCGAGCAUCCCAAGUACCAUCUGGGACUACCGUUCAAGCUGAGCCGGAGGCUAAUCAUCAUACGCUGAACAUACUCAAGCCUAAAACCUCACCGCAAACCUCCUUACACUCAUCAUUCAACGACGGAUCUGAUGUCGAUCAAACAGAAGAGGCCGCGCGUGCCCCUUCCGCGGAGAGUGGUGAAAAGAACCGCCGCUGGCGCAUAUCCCGACGAAAAGAAGACAUGGCAGGUUACCCCCCUCAGAAUAUGAGUGGAAACAGCAACGCCGAAAUGAGUACAUCUUCUGUAGGAAGUGGGCAAAGGGCACGAAAGAGCUGGACCGGUGAUUCUUCGGAUGUGGCUGCGACACUCGCAGAGAGUGAAGCGGGAAGUAGAGAGAAGGAAGAAGUCAAGGGACCCUUAGGAUGGAUCAAGACUAAAUACCGUGAAGCUAAGGAGAACGUGGAGAUCAAGCGCACAAAGUCUCCUCCGAGGGACCAAACUCAGGGCUUUCUUACUGCCGGAGGAAAGAGUGUCGAUACCAUGGGUAGCAUAGACGAAAAGGGAGCGCCACCGCCAGCUGCAGUCCCUGCCCGGGUCACCACACCGGGUCCCGAGCGGAACUCCGCACCCGCUCCCCACGAUGUCCCGUUACCGAACUCACCGCCACCUUCUCAAGCGACGCACAACGAAAGGCCCUCGAAUACUUAG